CCCGGCUCCUCCUCUGACGUCACAUGCACUUCUCAUAUCUUUCUAUUCUCUUUCCUGCAAUUAUUUACAAUACAAAUAACUAAUUAAUAAUAGGGAAAUAAUAUAAGAAAGUUAAAGGAUUUAUAUUUUAGUUGUAAAUAUUGUAAAUAAGAUGCAAGUUUGUGAGAUUAGGAGGCGCGCGGCCUCGUGCGUUUUGGUGGCGAGACUCACCCUCUUCCGGUCCUUUGAGGCUCCGUGUCAGGGGAUCGACUUGUGCUGCGGCAGAAGUCUUCUAUAAAUCCAAAGUAAUCCGCGUCUGGGAAAAUGGUGAACAUUCCCAAGACACGUAAUACCUUCUGCUGGAAGUGCAAGAAGCACCAGGCACACAAAGUGACUCAAUACAAGAAGUCCAAGGAGCGCACAUAUGCCCAGGGCCGCAGACGUUACGACAGGAAGCAGUCUGGAUAUGGUGGCCAGUCAAAGCCUAUCUUCAGGAAGAAGGCAAAGACUACAAAGAAGAUUGUGUUGAAGAUGGAAUGCAACAAGUGCAGAAUCAAGACCCAGAUUCCCCUCAAGAGAUGCAAACACUUUGAGUUGGGUGGUGACAAGAAGAGGAAGGGAAUGAUGAUCCAAUUCUAAUCUGUCACUUUCAAGUAAAAAAAAAAUCAAGUUG